UGUCGAAGCAACCCCUCAGUCUGUGCUGUGGAGCUCAGUUACACGGUGUGUGACUUCUCAAAGCAGAGCACUGCCUGGGGUUCUAGCAGUUCCCUAAAGCUAUGUAUCGUGGGGGUCUGUGUAUACUUUUUUAAUCAGUCCAUUUUGCUAAGUUUUUGCAAAAAGUUUUUUGCAAGGCCUUUGGUAGUCUCAAGCCCUUCGUUUUUCUGGAUCAUGAGCCAAGUUGAGGGACAACAGAAGAAUCUUGUACAAGCCAUUGAAGCUCUCCCAACUUCUGGGCCUCUUUCUGCCUUGGAUCAGGACUUGCUGCUUUUAAAAGCUACCUCUGCUGCCACCCUGAGCUGCCUUGGAGAAUGCCUGACUCUAUUACAGCAAAGCAUGCAUCAAGUGGGCCAGCAUCAUAACAGGACACUGUCAUCAGAAGGUAUCCUGGGAUGGCCUGGGCCCAAGUCACACUCCACAGAGCAACUGAAAAAUGGUGCCCUCAGCUCCUUAUCAUCUGCUAGUGCCAACAUUACGUGGGCAAUAGUACCAUCUGCAGCCCAGGAUGGACAGCCACUACAACCAAAUACAGAGAAUUCAGCUUCUGAGUUGAUCCUAGUUGAAGACGAAAUGACAGAUACUGAAGAUAAUGAAGAGGAGGAUUUAGGAGUCAUGGAUGAUCAACGUAGUGUAAUUCUCCAUCUCAUCUCUCAGCUCAAACUUGGCAUGGACCUUACCAGGGUAGUGCUUCCAACAUUUAUUUUGGAGAAAAGAUCCCUGCUGGAGAUGUAUGCAAAUUUCAUGGCCCAUCCAGACCUGUUUUUGUCAAUUGCAGCUGGAGCCACUCCCGAGGAAAGAAUUAUCUGCUUUGUGGAGUAUUAUCUAACAGCUUUUCACGAAGGCCGAAAGGGAGCGGUUGCCAAGAAGCCCUAUAACCCUAUAAUUGGUGAAACGUUUCAUUGCUCGUGGGAUGUGCCUAAAGAUAAAGUGAAAGCGUUCAGAACUAACGGUGCCUCCACGGUUGCGAAGGACCCAACCAAGGAGUUUGGCCAGGACCAGUCCACGUGCUACAAGCUGAGGUUUGUAGCUGAACAAGUAUCCCAUCAUCCACCGGUAUCUUGCUUUUACUGUGAGUGCAAAGAGAAGAAAAUGUGUGUGAACGCUCACGUAUGGACGAAAAGCAAGUUUAUGGGCAUGUCAAUAGGUGUUUCUAUGGUAGGUGAAGGUGUUCUUUACUUGAUGGAACAUGAAGAAGAGUAUGUUUUCACCCUGCCUAGUGCCUAUGCUCGCUCGAUACUUACUAUCCCAUGGGUGGAGCUUGGAGGGAAAGUCAACAUCAAUUGUGCCAGAACGGGCUAUUCUGCUACGGUCACGUUCCACACCAAGCCUUUCUAUGGAGGGAAGGUCCACAGGGUUACAGCCGAAGUGAAACACAAUCCCACGAACACCAUUGUAUGCAAGGCGCAGGGAGAAUGGAACGGUACGCUGGAAUUUACUUACAGCAACGGAGAAACCAAAGUGAUUGACACUAACAAACUGCCUGUUACCAGGAAAAAGAUUAGGCCGAUAGCAAAACAAGGCCCGCUGGAAUCGAGGCACCUUUGGCAACACGUCACCAAUUCGCUGAAAGAAGGUAAUAUUGAUGCAGCCACAGAACACAAACACCGCCUUGAAGAGAGACAGCGAGCAGAGGAGAGGCAGCGUGUGGCUCUUACAACGCCGUGGAAACCAAAAUAUUUUGCCAAAGAGGGCGAUGGUUGGCUAUACUUGAAUCCUCUCUGGAAGACCCAUUGACGGGAUAGAGCAGUUGCCUCAUAACUUUACCUUAAAGGCAUUAAAAUGAUACAGUAUAUAACUU